GUAUGAUUAUACGACGUCGUUUUUGCUGACGACGCUGUGCUUUCAAAGUUCCAAAUAUUUUCCGAUGAAAAAAUGGAAGUUUCUCCAAAAAACCCUAACGAAUGCAGCUGAAGCUGCCAAAAUGGUAACCAAGCCCGAUAAUCUCCACAAAACUCCUCCAGGAUCUCGUGGCGUAAGCCCUUCGAGAACAAACGGCAGGAGCCAUCGGGACAGUCCAAAUGUUUCUCCGACUAAGGUGAGAAAACAGCCGAUGAAAACCCCACCCAGCAGAAACCGUCAGAGCCCCGACCGUCGCAGGAAACCUACCCCGGAGAGAGCGAUGGUCAAGUCCAGGGGUAACAGUCCACUUAAGGUCAGGGAGGACACCCUGAAGUCGCGUGGAAGCGAAAAUGGCAGUAUUGAAAGAUUUGAUGAAGACAAUAACCUUCAGAGAAUAAUAACCAGUUACAGUGACGAAGAAGAUAAUAUCAACGUUGUAGUGAGGGUCAGGCCACUUAGCAAGAAGGAAAUUAAGUCAGGUGAUGACUAUGUUGUGCAGUUUCCGGGAAACGGACAAAUUUUGGUGGAUGGGAUACCUGGCGGGCCCAGCGGAGGUCAAAAACCGAAACUGUUUUCAUAUAACGUUGUCUUCGAACCAGCUGCAACUCAGGAAGACGUCCUUCAGUUCUCCGGAAUGAAGAGACUCAUUGAAAUGUCUGUGGAAGGCUUCAGAUGUACCUGUUUCUGUUAUGGUCAAACGGGAAGUGGAAAAACGCAUACGCUUACUGGUCCACCGGGUCUCUUUGGAUUAAAAACAGCUCCAUAUAGCGAUAGACAUGGUUUAAUUUUACGUUCCUUUAUGUAUUUAUUUAAACUAAUUCAAGAGAAACCUGGGAUCCAAUUUAUUCUAAAAGCCAGCUUUUUAGAAAUUUACAACGAAAAGGUGAUAGAUUUAUUAAAUCCGGGGUCAGCCCGGAAACCUCUAGCAGUGAGGUGGAGUAAAAAGGCAAGGGGAUUUUUUGUAGAAAAUUUGUUCACUGUCGACUGCGAAGAAUUAGACGAUUUAAUGGCCGUUUUGGAGGAGGGUAUGAGAAACAGAUCAGUAGGCAGGCACAAUAUGAACGAUUAUUCUAGUCGCAGUCAUACUAUUCUCUCCGUUCAUAUAACCUCUGAAGAACCAGCAGAAGGUGGGGUAUUCAUUUCAAGGACUGGAAAGUUGAAUUUUGUUGACCUAGCUGGUAGCGAAAUGACGAAAAAGACUCAAAGUGAAGGAAAGACUUUAGAAGAAGCAAAUAAUAUAAAUAAAAGUCUUAUGGUACUGGGGUACUGUAUAUCUUCUUUAAGUGAUUCGAAAAAGAAACCUUCUCACAUUCCUUACAGAGACUCAAAAUUAACAAAACUUCUAGCCGACUCUUUAGCUGGAAAUGGGGUAACAUUAAUGAUUGCAUGUAUUUCUCCAGCAAGAUCUAAUAUAUGCGAAACACUUAACACUCUGCGGUAUGCUGCAAGAGCAAAAAAAAUACGCACCAAACCUGUAGUAUUAAUGGAUCCUCGCGAGGCACUAAUCCUGAGUCUAAAACGAGAAGUUACUGUGCUACAAAGUGAAAACGAACAUUUACGAUCUGCUCUGAAUGUAUAUUCCGAAUCUACUUUGGGUGACACGUCUGCCGGUCGCAGAAUAAUUCUUACUCCAUCUCGCCACGUGGACUUGGAGCAACUAGCCCAAUUGGAAGGUCCCCAAUUAUCUGAUCUAGUUCGACUUUACAUAAAAGAAAACGAAGCACUGAGAAAAGACAACGAAGAAUUGUUCUCUUCUAGGGAGUUGCUACAACGAGACCACGAGAUUGUAUGCAGGGAAAACGAGCGGCUGUUAAAAAAAUUAGAAGAAGUAAACUCGGUAUGUUGUAGAUCCCCACUUAUACCAGCAAGGCCGGCCUUCUCUGCGGAAAUGUUGAAUUCUGAUUUGGAUUCGUCAACUAAUAUUUGGACCAAUCCCAUAGAAGACAAAUCACCGGACAAUAUUACAUCUAAGGAAAUACCAGAUUUCAUAAAAAAGGAACUAGAUAAGCGCCAAAUCGGAGAUAAGAAAACAUCAGGACGUGGACCACGCAGAUUCAACUCCUUAGAUGACAAGUCAAACGCGUCGAAACCUAUAAGAUUAAGAAAUUCAGAAUCUGUGGAUGUACCAGAAUCGAGAAAUGAUUCAUCCUCCAACAUAAAGUCAUCCCAAAGACGAUUCUCUGUCGCUCAACAGCUACCAGAAAAUGGGCAAAGUGGGCAAGGAGAAAAUAGUACAAAUCCCGAAGUUUUCGGUAGUGUUAUAUCGUUAACAGAGGACGAAGAUCUAAAUUAAGAAUAUCUGCAUAAAGUUUAAAGA